AUAUUCACCCUCACUAGAGCGGCCACAUCGGUCGUGUUGAGCGGAUGUGAUAAGGUUAACUUUACUCUCUAUCGUUACCAUGGAAACGACCAACGCGGUGCACCCCUCUGGGAGACUCCGUGCGGAUGUGGCUCUUGUCGGCAUCUCUACCGAUUCUCUCUAUGCUGGAUUAUCUCAUUGUUGGAAUGUGAUGAGGCGCUCUUCUGCAUCAUCUUCCCUCCUCCUCACACUCACUGCAUCCACCUCUCGAUCCUUGUGAUUAUCCUCAUCUCUUCUUUUCAUGCCGGAUUCUCAGGUGAGCCCAGUCAGCAGCAGAAGCGUUGGUGGAUGCGAAACUUCACUUCUCAUCUUCCGAGGGAUAUUUUUUUGUUCACCUUGCAGGAUCGAGAAAAAAAGAAAGAAAUGCACAUUUUUCUUUUCCUAUUGCAAAUGAAAAAACGAUAGAUCAUUAGCGAUGUAGUUUUAUUUAGUGAUACAGUACUUUAACCAAAAAAAGGGAAAUUAUUUAGUGUGUUGUUUGGAUUAUAAGAGAAGACAAAAAACCCCCGAUACAUUUGAAAAGCUAUGUGGAGAGUAAUUAUUACAAGGAUUUCCAUGUACUUCGCAGGUGAUUGGUGGCGGUGAUCCUCUACAUUUUGUCUCGUGAGUAGGAAUGGGAAUCGCCCAUUAUACGUGCACUGCAACAGCCUUGGUAGUAUGCAUUGUUAUGCUGUCUUUUUAUAAGGUGGAAUCUACAAGUAUUUUUCAACUGGAUAUUUUAUCUUACAAUAACCCAGAAGGACGAGACAUUUUUGGAGGCUGUUGCAGUGGUCGGCGAAGGGCUGACGAGUCCUGCCAAGGAAACUGCUCUGUCUAUCUCAGGUUCUGCAUUAAACAUUACGAAGUGAACGUCGAUUUGAAAGGAGAGUGUACUUUCAUUGAAUACCUUACUCCUCUUCUAUCAUCUUCUUCACACGCUAUGGAUUCUCAAGAUCAGUCAAAGUUAUCCUUCGAUCUCAACUUCACAUGGCUGGGAGAAUUUUCUCUAAUAGUAGAAGCAUGGCAGCCUUCUCAAGGAAAAGGCAACAAUAAGGUGCUGAUAUCCCGAUUCAUAGCCCAGCGAGCACUUGAAAUCGGGUUAGAAUGGACCUCGGAUAAGUUGGAAUCAGAUUACAGCUCUCUGGAGUUGAAAUACAGGGUGAUAUGUGCGGAUGGAUACUAUGGACCGAAGUGCAAAACGCUCUGCCGACCUCGAGACGAUAAUUUUGGACACUACAAAUGUGGAAAAGAUGGAACAAUGAUUUGCAUGCAAGGAUGGGAAGGUUCCUAUUGCAACUCCGCUGUUUGUGCUGCCGGAUGCCAUAAUGGUACAUGCCUCAAACCUGGAGAAUGCAAUUGCAGAUUUGGAUGGGAAGGUCCUUUAUGUGAUCAGUGUAAGACCUAUCCAGGCUGUGUACAUGGUGGUUGCAGAAAGCCUUGGACCUGCAUCUGUGAUGAGGGUUGGGGUGGUGUCUUAUGUGAUAAAGAUCUUAAUUACUGCACCAAUCACAAACCUUGUGAAAAUGGCGGCACUUGUACUAACACAGGACAAGGGUCCUACACUUGUACAUGUUCAGAUGAUUACAUGGGAGAUAAUUGUGACAAAUUAAAGAAUCCUUGCAUGGACAGCCCCUGUUUGAACAAUGGCAUAUGCAAUAGUCCUAGUAUUGGUAAAUACGAUUGCACAUGCAAACGUGGAUAUUUCGGACCACAUUGUGAGACAUCAGCAAGUAUUUGUACAGAAGGUUUAUGCAAAAAUGGUGGCUCCUGUAUUUCAAAUCCAGACGGAUUUUUAUGUUCCUGUCCAGCAGGUUUUACAGGUGCACUCUGUGAAAAAGUCCAAACCUGUGAUUCAAGUCACUGCUUAAAAGGUGGCACUUGCAUGACAUCCUCCGAUGGAAUACAUUGUAUCUGCCCUCAUGGUAUCAGCGGUGAUCGAUGUGAGCAUGACAACAGAUGUACAAACUUGUGUAAAAAUGGAGGAAUCUGCGUGGUCAUCUCCGGAAAUGCAUCAUGUACUUGCCCUUACGGCUACUCAGGAGCUUUCUGUCAUAUCAAGCAGACAGUGUGCUCUGCAAAUAUUUGUGCCAAUGGAGGAACUUGCCGCUUCCUUGAUGAAGCUUACUACUGUGAAUGCAAACCAGGAUUUACUGGAAAAAACUGUACUCAGCCUCAGAAUACCUGCAGCUCUUCGCCAUGCUUGAAUGGUGCUACAUGUCAUGUGACAGAAAAUGGCUUUUCAUGCCACUGUUUGCAUGGCUUCAAGGGAAAUAGGUGCCAUUUAAGUUUAGAUGGAAUUCCAAACGAUUGGAAUGAAGGUCCAUCUGUUGCUUCGAAUGUCUCCCACCGCAUCUCUGAGAAAGAGAAAGAGACUUCUUCUGCUUCUCAGUUAUACCUGAUUAUUGGUUUAUCAGCCACCUUCACUGUGCUCAUAAUUUUAAUUGUUUGUAUUGUAGUCAGAUACAGAAUCCGACUUCGACGGCCGCAGAAACCUGUUGACGAGCACCACAAAGACUGUGACUUUGAUCUAGUAAAUGAGCAGAACGAAAGAAAUGCCAUGUAUAUGAACAAUAAAAAUUGUGAUAUGCCUCAAAAAAUUGUGAAUGAAUUGGACAGAAUACCAGUUAUAAUGCCACACGAGGCUCCUCCUAAAGUGCUUAAUAGUGAAAUCAGCAACAAAAGGAUUCCAGAUAUGAUGAGCACAUCAAGGACUUUACUACAAAAAAUAGAUAAUAUUAGUGGUAAUUCCACAAACUGCCACUCACCUCAGGGUCAUUCACCUUGCAGUAACAAACCGAUCUAUACGAUUGAAGAUCAUCUCAGGCCUUGCCCAGACAAAGGAGUAUUCCUGAAUAUGGGUGAAAACCUAGGUACUGAUGUUUAAUGAUUGGCACAUAAUUUAAUUGUUGUACAGUCUCUCUCAAAGUGCCUUUUGUAUCAUAGUUUCUAUUUGUACAAACCAGAGCUUUCUACAGAGAAUCAUAGUUUUAUGUUUCUAUUUAUAUUGUGUAGUUAUAUGUUCCACUGUUCAACUGUGCGAUUGAACAGAUACUUGUUUCAACAAACAUGGGGUGCCUGUACUCUUUUUUUUUUCUUUCUUCUUCAUUUCAACCAAGUUGUUAAAUUUGUUUUAUUAUAAUGACCACUGCAUUUUUUUUAUAAGUUUAAAAAUGGGACCUUUUCUUUAAGUAAAGGAUGUCUCAAUUUUUCUCCUGAAAAUCAAAAUUGUAUGUAAAUGAGUUUGAAUAUGAAAGUAAUACUUAGCUGAAUUCCAAAUUGAAUGAGAAAUGUCUUGAACGUUAAAAUCGGUUUGAUGUAAUGUUGUUAGUAUUUUGUACCUUUAUAUUUGACAAAGUUCCUAUUCAAAGGAAAUCAUUUCUAAAAAAAUAUUUUUAAUAAACAAAUGAAAUUGUUAUCAUUGUUUAACCAAGGCUCAACAAUGUGCCUAAGAAUACUCAUAAAAUGUAUUUAAAAUGCACUUUGAUAAGCUCUCUGUGCUAAGAAGGAAAAAAAUAAUAAUCACGCUUUUCAGGCAAUAAUUUGGAUUUAGCUUUUAAUCUUGCUAUAGUAAUUCAUUUCAUUAUUUAUAUGUAUUCACAUUUGGUAAUAGUUCAUUAUUUUAUUUCCGUAAUUUAUGGAUUUAAAUGUUUAAAAGAAGUCUUUUAGAUAGCAAUAGUCUCGAGUAGGGAUAUUUUUCAGAUAUUGCUUUGGUUUCUUUCCAAAUGACAGGAAAGAAAAUUAGUUUGUAAAUAAAAUCUUUAAGAUAUUUAUUAUUUUUAUGAUCGACAUUUAUCUUUUCGAUUGGAUGCAAAAAAUUGUUUAUUCUUGCAAAUUAUGUGCCAUGUUCCAUAUCGUUUAGAAAUCACAUUAAGUAAGUUAUCUUCUAAAACUAUACUGUCACUAAUGCACUUGUAAUUCACUUAAAUGCUCUAAAUAGAACUUUUUUAUAGACUUCCACGUUAAAUAAUAAAAAUUUUUGCACUUUAUAGAUGUGUAAUCUUAAAUGUAUUGUAAUUAUUUAAUAGUACUUAUAUUUUUAAUGCAGGAACUUUUUCUAAUUAAUAUUUCGGAACUUACGAAUCAGUAUUUACAUGAAUAGGACACUAAUAGAAAUUGAUAGCGGUUUACAUUUAGAGUUAUGUUUACCACAAUUCAUGUUUGUUUAGACAUCAAACUAUGUUUUGUGAUUUUUGGUAAUUAGUUUAAUUUUGCUGAAGCAUUCGAUAUUUUUUAAGGAAGUUUAGUUUCUUGAGAUUACAUCAUAGUGUCGACGAAACUAAGGGCAGUUUUUCCAUUUCAAGAGCUAUUAGUUCUCUACAAUAGUGAAAUGUUGAACUAGUAAUGUAAAUAGAACAUGUGUACAUUUUAGUUGGAUCUCAUCUUGUAUAUAAACGGAGGCUGUUUUUAUGUCUGUUUAUGCAGCAGCACCUUGUUCCAAAUAAAUUCAUAAUUGUCUAUUUUUGUA